AUGAACUUCAGAUAUCUCCAUAGCGCUGCCCGACUAGCCAACUAUUCAAAGGUUCAGCUAACGCUUUUUUCCAAACAUAACUGCGGGCUCUGUGACAAGGCCAAAGUGGUGCUGGACCAAGUAGCCAACGAUAAAUCUGAAUUCAAAGACAUCGCCAUCAAUAUUGUAGACAUUGAUCUUCCGCAGAACAAAGAGUGGUGGAAUAGGUACUGUAUGGACGUACCUGUCUUGCAUGUGGAAAAUGCCCAGCAGCCGGAAUCGCUUUCCAAGAUCUUUCAUAAACUGGAUCGCCUACAAGUCGAGGCCAAGAUCAAGGAAUUGAGAUGA